UAAUUGAAUUUACCAUGUCUCAUCACAGAAUACGGAUACACAUAAGAAGGAUAUUGGAUCAUCAUUGGGGCACUACCAAUAUUGCUAAUCAAAGACAUAGUCGGAUUUUAAAAGUGCAGGACUCCAAUCUGGGGGCGUCUAUGCCUUUGUUGGUUGAUCCAAAUAGUUCAAUAGCCGCUUGCCUUAUUCACCGUUUUUACCGUCUUAUAAAUUCAUUAGAAAUUCGAACAUAUUGUGACAAAACACUAUAUGGAAACUAUCUUAUAAAAGCAAGCCAGCUCGACUUCCAAGCACAUGGUCUAAAUACCUCAAAUUAUUACUUUCGUGAGGUAUCUUCGUCUCUUCAAAAAAAUUAUUUUAAGCCUAAUGGAUCGAGUAGCCGGAAAAUCUUUAUGGCUUUGAAGGAGAGUGGGCAAACCGCAGAUUCUGAAAAACCGUUUAAACCAGGCGAGUCAGCCGUAUCGGAUUCAUUGGUGACCGAGAAAAAAACAGAACCAGUUGUAGCCGAAGAUAGUCAGUCAGCUAACUCAAAUUCAUCCUUGGACGAUCGAGAUACUCAAGAGCUGAAUGAUUGGCCCCCGUUCGGUCGAUUUCCAAUAUCCUUUAUUGCCCUUUCGAUAGCAUUUGCCGUGUGGUACGGAUAUACCUGCUUUGUAAUGCGAGAAGAAAAAAUUAUUGAUAGAUAUGAAUUCAUAAUGUGGGGAGGAAAAAUGGAUCGAAUAUCGAACCUCAGAAAAUUGAAGAAAUAUUUGCUGUACAGUUACAUCGGCCUAGAUGUCACCCCACGCAUGGUACGAUUUGGCGUCGCAAGUGCUGUCUUGAGUGCUAUGAUGGAUCCUGAUCCUGAAGUACAACGUCUGGCAACUCAAGUUUUUUGUGGAUACACUUGUAACCCUACUACUCGCACCUUUUUAGCGGAAAAUUUAAAUGCACUUUUUUUUUUACGCAGAUUUGCCCAUUCAGACAACAUGUUUGUUUGGCAUGCAAUUAAGAAUUUAUCAGAGAAGAAUUCAAAGUUACUUGUAGAAAUAGCCUCAGAUGAAUUUAUAAUGGAAUCACUAUUCGACGGAUUGUGUAAAACAGGAAAUGCAGUCAACCAUCAAACGAUGCGCUCUCAACUCGGAUUACUGAGCAAUUUGUGUGAAUGCAAACAAAGUUGCGAAUUAUUGGCUCAGAAUUAUGCAGAAAAGAUACGUUCCUGGCUAAACCUAGAAUUUAUUCUUGAGCCCAUAAGUUUAUAUCAUAACUCGAAUAUUAGAGUUUGUUUGUCAAAAAAUGCAUCUGUUGCUUUUCCUCAAGCAGUUGAAGAGGUGCAAAAUUAUAAGCUUACCGAAAAGACAAGAGACACUUUUAUGAGUACUACUAUUUCUACACAGAUGAUCUUAUCCUUAUCUACUGGAAUUAUUUGGGCUGUUGCCAGAGGAAUGCAUUUACACCGUAAAUUUGCACCACUCAGCACCUCAGAAAAAGCGUGGAUACGAAGGGCCAUCUAUCUUUCACCUGUUGCUUCUGCAGUUCUCUCAAUGUCUAUCUAUGGACUAGAACAAUUCGCCAGUACCGUAAAUGACAAGCUGAGCUAUGAUUCUUUCCGUGAUAUUCGUAAAUCUGCUUUAGUUUUCAGCUUGCAGAUCCCCUUGUAUUGGCUAGGGAUAAAUUUCAUAGGCCCUUUUUGUAUACUUCCCUCGUUAAUUAGAGUGAGAUAUACAGAUGAAAGACCGACGCUUUAUUCGAUAUAUGAAAAAGAAAUCAAUGACAUAUUAGUAGGUCUGGGUAUUUUGGGCGAUAAAGUAUGGGAAGCUGUAGAUAGUGAUAGACAAAUGGACUCAAUAGCAAAUAUUGCAUUAAGCCAUGUGUUAUUGAAGAAAAAAACUAGUGAGCUAUCAAGUGAAAGUCGUUGGUGGAAGUUCUGGUAAAUCAUAAAAACGUCAAAAUUUUUUGUUUUUUGUAUAACAAAUAUUUGAGCGAGAUAUAGUUGAUUUUAAUGCAAACUUUAGGCAUCCAGUUCCUAGAGUUUGUGACAGCUGAAUUAAUUCAACUCAUACGAUAUAUUGAAGACUAACAGUAAAGCGAAAUAUGCCAUCUAUAUUGGUUCCUAUUGAUCAUUCAGCCUCUUCUAAACAUGCAUUGAAAUAUGCCAUCAAUAAAAUUUCUGGUUCUGGCGAUGAAGCCGAGUCUAGUCAAUUGCACCUUGUAAAUUUCUAUUCUUCCUGGGAUUAUCUCAAUGAUGAAUUUAACAAUGGAAAAACCUGGCUUUAUCAAUCUCUAUCUUUUUGUAAAGCUAACAAUGUGCGGUGACAGUUAAAAUUAUAGUCUAUUUUAUAAUAUUACUGUUGGGACAAUCUUGCUAUAUAAACCUAUAUAAACAGUGCUUACUUACGCCAAUGCUGUUUUUAGAUAACCGAUGUAAUUUCUCACCAAGAAGAGACAUCUGAUAUUUAUGGAGCUUUUAGUGAUUACGCAGAGAUGUAUAAAAUUGAUUGUAUUAUAGUUGGUGAUGACAGCUUUUCCGAAACAGCUAGUUAUGAUAAUUUAAUUUUCGCUUUUUUCAGCAGUAUUAGAAAUAUGUUCUCAAUUUCUCUGGCGAAAUAUUUAAAAAAAAAUACGCCAUGUAUUAUUAUCACUAUCAUGCCCGAUGGUCGUGUUAUCGAAGAUUAAUGUAUUUCGCAUCAGCGUGCAGAUCUCUGCUGCACCGCUGAUCUCAUG